GUGUGCGUAUGUGUGUGUGCGUGCGUGCGUGUGUGUGUGUGUGUGUGUGUCUGUUGCAUGUCGUCAGUGUGUCCUUGGCUGCACACACAAGCAGCAGGUUAGCUACAGAGCUACCACUGGAUUUGACAGCUACAGGAAGUCAAAGCGAAAGAGGAGCAGCAACAAUUUUUAUCUAGAACAAAAAGAAAAAAAGCCUACGUCCUCCUCUGAGUAAACUCUCACAAGACUCAAGAUGGCUUUUUUGAUCAAGAGCAUGAUCGGUAACCCCCUCUCAGGAAUGGGGCUCGGUGGCGGGGGUGACAAAGAAGAGGAGGCCACCCCCUCAGAUCCAGCCAAGGCGGCGGGGAUGACGCGCGAGGAGUAUGAAGAGUACCAGAAACAGUUGGUGGAGGAAAAGAUGGAGAGAGAUGCAGAUUUCCUGCACAAGAAGGCAGAGAGGGCGACGCUCAGGGUGUGUCUCAGGGAAAAGUACAGGCUGCCAAAGAGCGAGCAGGACGAGAACAUGAUCGAGAUGGCCGGGGACGACGUGGACGUGCCGGAGGAGCUGCUCAAGAUGGUGGACGAGGACGCCACGGAGGAGGAGGGCAAGGACUCCCUCAUGGGCCAGUUUCAAAACUUGCAGAACAUGGACAUGGACCAGCUGAAGGAGAAGGCGGCGACCACGGUGACCGAGCUGAAGAGCAAAGCAGAGGAGAAGUGCUCCGUCAUGUGAACGGCCCGCCAGACGCCGGGGCGUUG